CAAUUCCUUAAAGUAGCAAAAAAUUACAGAAAGAGUAAUUGUAUAAAAGUUGUUUAACUUAAGGAGUGGUUGGUAUCCAAUUUGAUUGAAUAAAAGAUUUUUGAGGGAAUAGCAAGCAUUUAUAAGCAAACAUAAUUUUUAUAAUCUUUUAAUUAAGAUAAUAUGUCAGAAAAUUAGUAAAUAAUUUAAGCAAGAAAUCACUCAAUUCCUAAAUAGGAGAAUAAUUAAAAUAAAACUAUUUAAAAGGAUAAUUAAGAUUAUCAGUUGGCAUAAAAUAAUUUGAAUGAAAAUCCAGUGAUUGCUAUAAUAACAAUCCAACUGAAUGAAAACAUAUUCUAAAAUCUAGAAAUAAGAUUUAAUGAUGAAGCUGGAGAACUUGCAAAGUAAUUUUGCUAGCAAACUAAUUUGGAUCCUCAAAUGAUUCCGAUAUUAGAAAAUAACAUAUUAGAGUAUAAACAAAUCGCAAUUUAAGAUAUUUACUAAAAGGAAAGAGAUAAUGAAAAUAUUUUGAAAAGCUAAGAGCAAAUAAAAAAUGAUAACAUAGACUCAAAUUAAAAUGGUAGAUAAAAUAAUUAAAUUUAAGGUUUAAGUGAGCAUUAAAAAAUAUAAUAACAUCAAAUAUAGCUAGAAGAAAACUAAGAAUACACUCCAGCUAUAAAAAGGGUUGAUAGCUCAUUCUAAGCUAAUGUUAAAGACUAAAAUAAAUAAAAUUAAUAUAUAAACUAAAUAAAAACUUAAUAGAACGAUGCUACGAAAUAAAUUAAAAUGCAAUUUCCUCCUCCUACAAAUAAUGUCAUUAAUAAUAUGCACUUAGAUAAUCCUUAGCUCAGCAAUAUUGCUUGGGUUCCAGAAAGAAAAUCGUCUAAUAUUAGUGAAAAUAUUUCAGUUUGUGAAUAGUAAAAUUCUUACCAAUAAAGUAGAGGUAGAGCUGAAAGUUUUUCUAAUUACUCAGUUGCUAAUUCAUAAAUAUACGAUUAACCCUAAAAUUUAUUAAAAAUGAUGAAUUCUUUUGCAUAAAAUAAUUUUAAUAACAGUCUUUAUCAGUCAUCAUCAAUAUACUUUUAAAAAUCUAACCAAAAAAAGAGCCAAUAAAAUUAAGAAAUGGUUAAAAGUAGAAGUUAGUCUCUAUUUAAUAAAUCACAUAAUGAUUGUUCAUUUAUUCAAAAUACAGAAUGUACUUUCAAACCUACUAUAAAUCCUAUUAGUGAAUAGAUAGUUUAAGAAAAAUAAAAACAUUUAUAAAGAAGCUCAACUCAUGAAAGGCUUUAUGAAAUGGGGUUAAAUAAAAUAUAGCAAAAAGAUGAUUCUUUUGAUAAAAAAUCAGCAAGAAAUGAAAGAAAAUCCUAUAAUCCUUCAUUAAAUUAAUCAGUUUAAGCUAUCACAGAAAGACUCUUUAACUAUUCAAAAAGACACUAGUUACAAAAGUAAAAAGAUUUGCAAAAGAGCAUUCAAGAAAAAGAACUUAAAGAAUUAUAAGAAUGCACUCAUAAACCAUAGAUAAAUGAGAUUUCUUAAAAAUUGAUAAUGUAAAAAAGAGGAGAUCCUGGCAGGAGAAUAGAAAAUGAAUUAAUAAAUUAAAAUAAGUACUCUGAAAAGAAAAAAAGUAUUGCAAAAGCCAAAAUUUUAGAAGAAGAAAUGAAAGGCUGCACAUUUUAGCCAAGAAUAAACGAGCUAAGUGAAUACAUUUGCAAUAUGAAAGAAUAAAAAGAUAAUUGUGGCAAUACCGAGAAUUAAGAUAAAUAAAACAAAUCAAAGCAGCAACAAAGAUUUGAAUAUCUCUUUGAAAUAGGAAAAUAAAAGAGCUUUUAAAAAUCCUAACCUACCCCUGCUUAAUUAAUUGACAAGAACUGCCUUUUCAAACCUGAAAUAAACAAAGUAUCAUAAGACAUUAGGAGUUCUUUUUAUGAAAGAAUAUAGCAAUAUAAAGUGAUAAGAUAAGAAAAAGAGAUUAAUUAAUUGCGCUAGAAGUUAAAUGAAUUUAAAGAUAAGCAGACUGGAUAACCAUUUUUUCGGCCAUAAACUGGUCGAGCUCCAUUUAAAUAAAGAAAUCAAGAAAAUUUAAAUGUAAAUGAGUUCUUAUAUCAGUAAUUUAAAAUAGAUAGUAGCAGAAAAGAGAGGGAAAUAUUAGAAAAGUAGAAAGAAAAACCUUAGUUACAGAUAAAUGAUAACUCUAAAAAAAUAGUCUAGCAACUCGAAGAUACUAGAUUGAGGGAGAUAUUUAAUUUGUUAGAUGACGAUUAAGAUGGAUAGAUUGACUCGAAAAAUAUUAAUAUUACUAGUAUCUCUCCAAAAGUACUAGAGUUAAUUUCACCUGUUUUAUAUGAAAUGGAGGAUUAUCAUUUUCAGUUAAACUAUGAGGAAUUCAGCCAAGCUAUAAAGCGUUUGGCAAAGGGAAUGACUUCUCAAUAAAAAAAUGAUUUGUUCUUAUAUUCUAAAAAGCAGAGAGAAUCCAAUCAUAAAAGUUCAAAUUAAAAUUUACAUGUAACAACAGGUAACAUAAAGAAGAAUAGUAGUUCAUUAUCUGUAAAUUUAAAAUAUUGA